AUGGGUCGAUGGGGAUGGCGUCUGUUUGAAGGCGAUCAAGACCUUGACGCUGUUCUCACCUUGGCCAGAGACCUAGAUAUUGACACCGAUUCCUGGGAGCACAGUCUGAGUGCGAUGGUGCAUCAAACCGACAUGUUUGCACCCGAAGACGCUCUUGCCAACUACAGCACCGCCAAAUAUGCCGAUUUGCUAGCUAACAUCACCGUCCCGUACAUCCGCCAGAAGCUCGACACCGAUGACCUCGGAGAACAGCUUUUCGCUACCUCUCGCGCCAAGGAAAACGACCCAGACGACUUCUUGCAAGAAUUCAAAUACCGCACUAUCAUCCUGGGUGCUCUCAUGAUGCGCGCUGGUGCUCGCAUCAACGCAGCAGAUCUGCAACAUCUACGUGAUCUGGUGCCUCAAAUAAACUGUACCCCACGCCGAACGCUGUUCGUUGACCAUGGAUUCAGAACUCCAGGAAAGGCUCAGUUCCUUGCGGCGUUGGAUCAAUACGAGCCGGGUGUUGCGCGUAGCUUCCAGGAGCCUAGCUGCUUCAAGUGUGGAAGGAUUGAGGCUGAUAUCGGUCAUAAGCCUCUGCAAUGCAAGAGGUGCAAGGUCGCGACAUACUGCAGCAAGGACUGCCAGCAUGUCCAAUGGCCUGAGCACCGAGUGAGCUGCAUUCCCCCUAGCCAGCGCUUUAUCCUGAACGUCUGA